AUGGUCGUGAUGCGCGGUAAAACUGCCGUAACGCUCUUUUGUGGAACGACAGACAGUCGACACUUCGACGAUCUGCCGCCCAAAGAGUUGCCGUCUAAGCCGGUGAUCUUUGACGAAUUCGGGAAGGAAAUAACUGGAGUAGCUGGUCCUUACAAUGAAGGAGGGGAGAUCAAACUUAUUUGCUCUGUGGAUGGGGGCAACCCCAUACCACGAGUUCAGUGGCUUCAAGCUGAAACGGUGCUCGCUACGCUUGGAGCGGGCGAAGCACAGCCCAGUUCAUCUAGAGCCCUCACACUUGUAAUAGCUAAUGCUACGAGGGCUCACCUAUCAUCGGUCUAUACUUGCACAGCAGAUAACACAAUGUUGUCGACUCCACAACGAGCCUCUGUGAGAAUUGACUUAUAUUUGAGGCCGUUAUCAGUAGAAAUAGUAUCACGAGAGCAACCACUCUCAGUAGGGAGGAGAGCUGAACUAUGGUGCAAGUCUACUGGUGCGCGGCCGCCAGCUACAAUAACGUGGUGGCUGGGAGGAAAACAGCUGAAUUCAGUUACCAAACAACGGGAUUUAGAAAACAGAAACGAGACACAGUCCUUACUUCAGUGGACUCCUUUGAAGGAACAAAAUGGACAAGUACUCACUUGUAGAGCGGAACACGAGAAAUUUAACAAAUCCACCAUCGAAAGUAAAUUGCCACUUAACAUAUAUUACGUGCCUGAGGCGAGAAUGCACCUCGGCGCGAACGUGAACCCGAAUGACAUCGAGGAAGGAGAUGACGUGUACUUUGGCUGCGACGUUGACGCCAACCCGCCAGCCUACAAAGUGGUCUGGGAGCAUAAUGGCGUUCUACUUCAGCAUAACGCAGCGAACGGCGUGAUACUGACAGGCAACACAAAUCUCGCAUUACGAAAUGUGUCUCGACAUCAAGCGGGGCUGUAUACUUGUACAGCUUCUAACGUAGAGGGAGACGGCAAGUCUCCACCAUUGAGGAUGCAAGUUGUCUAUAGACCACUGUGCCACAGUCGUGAAAUCAAACUGAUUGGCGCGGCGCUUCAAGAACCGUCAAGUGUCGAAUGUCAAGUUGACGCUUUCCCCCCUCCCGACACCUUUGAGUGGACACUCAAUAACUCCGCCGGAUCUAUAAAGGUCGAUGCGGAGCGCUUCACAGUCCACGCAAAGGAUGGCAGAUCGGUGUUAACCUACACACCGGUAUCUGACGUAGAUUAUGGGACACUGUCCUGUCGGGCAACGAACCUUGCCGGGCAACAAGUAUCUCCUUGUGUCUACACCCUAUUGCCGGCGACACGGCCCGACUCCCCAGCCAAUUGCACUGUAUACAACUUGACUGACGAUUCCCUGGAUUUGACGUGCCUAUCAGGUUACGAGGGCGGCCUCCCCUGUACAUACAUAGCGGAAGUAUGGGCGAACGAGGGCCUCGUAGUCAAUUCAACGAAUUCACUGACAGUAUGGAAUCUACGGCGUUUGGGUGCCAACCGCCAUUUACGUAUUGUUGUAUAUGCAGCCAAUAUAAGAGGCAGAUCAGAGCAUGUUACAUUUACAGUGGAAACUGCGCCGCGAUUAUCACCUAGAACCGACGCCCAAGAAGCCUGGGAAGUGAACUGGGCGGUUGGCGGAGUUCUGGGAGCGGCACUUACAGUUGCAAUAAUACUGUGCCUAGCCCUCAUCGCAACGCGGCUACGCCACAGCAGUAACUAUGAAGUUACAAUGCAAUCAUCAAAGAAUCAAAAAACGCCACUACAAAAGAGGACUUCACCAGAUGACUGCAACCCAGAUUUAAUCCCACUUAGCAAAGAUACAGACUGCCCUAAGCCACCAGAGUAUUCUGAGGUGGUAUCAAAAGCGGAAGUGAAAAAUUCUUCGAGCAAUAACAGUGUUGCGCGUACGCAGUCGCCCAACACGCCCCCUGCGCAGAAAAAUGAAUUACAGAAUGAUCGAAGCAGUAAUGGUGGCGUCCGAUCCCACAGAGAAGUGGUAACUACGAGAACGCCGCUGCUAGCAGCACACCAGGAAAGCUGUGUGUAA